AUGGAAGUUUUUAAGCUCAUCCUUCCCGAUGGAGGUACAAUCUCUGGACGGUUUCAUUUCCCAACAUCUAAGAGUUCCGGCCAUUUACCGCUGAUCGUCUGCAUUCCUGGCGGGAGCUAUGACGCGGAGUAUUUUGAUGUCGAUGAAGAUCACACCAUUCUCAGUACGUCAGUACCGGCAAACAUACCCGUCAUCUCAAUAACGAGACCGGGUUAUGGAUCCAGUUCCCCUGUCCCAAUGGAUGACAUGGAUGAAGAAACAACAUAUGGCCAAGCCCAGGGGAAAUACCUGAAUUCUACAGUACUACCCUUUCUAUGGGAACAGUUCAAGGAACGGUCUGGAGCAACAGGCAUGGUGCUCUUAUCUCAUUCGAUUGGCGCGAUGAUCGCCACUAUCACAGCGGGAUCCUAUACAGGAACCGAGGGCUAUCCACUGUCAGGACUUAUCACAUCCGGAAUCAGCACCGAACUAGCCCCAGGACCGCGAGCAGUCAUGCUUCAUCUAUUAAAGGAGACAACAGGUGUUGUGCAGUUCGAUGAGACCCCGAAAGAUGCCAUCAUGCUUCAAAUUCCCAUGAAUAACUUCACGGAUCUCAAAAUGUGUGGCCACACAAAGCGUCUGAAUUGGCCUGUUCCUCCAGGCGAACUCCACGAUAUCAAUAUGACUUGGCUAGACUAUUGGCGCAAGUACUCAGAUCGCGUCACUGUUCCGGUCAUGCAUGUAUUGGCUGAACACGAUGGGCUUUGGACUUAUUCUCCUCAAGUUCUGGAGGAUUAUAAGAACGCGUUCCCGAAUAGUCCGCAUGUCAUCAGUGAGGUUGUUCCGAUGGCUCCUCAUUGUAUCGAGUUGAGCCUCCAGAGCAGACCCUGGUACAUGAAAUGCUGCUCUUUUGCAUUGCAGUGCGCGACUUGGGAUGUGUUGCGCCCGACUUUGCCUCCUCCCACUCUGCCUGUGCCUAUGCAAAAGGAGGAAGAUGAAAUCGAUUCCGAGACAGAGAUUGCCCCGCCCCAGGGUGGUAUUACCACCCUCGUCUAUGCAACAACACGCUAUGAAGCCAGGGAAACCUGA